AUGCCGCGGGAUCCCUCAGACGCGAGCACCUGGGAGCGAGUAGGAAGCGAAGCCGCUGUUGGUCAAGCACCCGAACCAGGAGCGGCAAGCGACAACUCCAGCACGAUAUCCCAGGGCGAGCACGUCCGUUUCCGCGCCGUGGCAUCCACUCGUGCGCAACAUUCCUUCUUUGGGAGGGGCGUCAGGCCGCAAAGAGGGCCUUGGUCUGUCAGGUUGCAAGGGGCGAUCUCCCUUGGGCAGGUCGCAGAGGCUACAGCGCCGGUUGGCAUCCUCUCAGAGUCGACCAAAGGCCAAGACGCCACCCUUGACGGGGCAGAGGGUGACGGGAGCGGGUUUCAUGGGCACUGA